AUGCCGGCAGCUUUCAAACGAGAAAACCCCGAGGUGAAAUGUUAUAAUUGUCAGUUGUUAGGUCAUAUCGCGCGAGAUUGUCCACAACCGCGGCGACCGUUAAAAUGUAGUAAAUGCAAAGCGGAAGGACACACAGCCAAAUACUGUACUACUCGAUCGCCGGAUAUAGCAUUGGUAGAGCAGAACCAGACUGACAAUCGGACAGUGUAUAUUAAGGAUGUAUAUCUGAAUAAUAGUACGGAUGCGAUCAAGGGAUUGGUGGACACCGGUAGUACCCUCACCAUAAUCAGACGAAGUCUAGCGGAGCGAUAUGGUAUGGAUAUCACACCCCGAAAAAUACAACUAAGAGUGUACGGUAACAUACCAUGUGUAAUCGGUAGCGGUGACACCGAAGCUGAGGUAAGAAUUGACACUGUGUCAGAAAAAAUAAAAUUGUUAGUGGUAGAGGAUCACAUGCAGAACUUUGACAUUAUCAUCGGGCGAACGUUCAUUAACUGUGCAAAUGUAUCGUUUAUCAAAACUGCGGAUCAACUCAUAUUUGCUUACGAUAUGCCAUUGCCCUUCACCAACGAACCGGACGAAGCGCUCAGCGAACAGAGACCUUUUACUCCAGUAACGGUACACGAGUUACACGAGAUACCAGCAGCAAGUGUGAAAAUGGUAGAGGUGGAUGUGAACUCAGCUAUUGUAGAAGUGUUGAUGGUGAAUCAUGGUGAUGAACCAGUUCAGUUGAAAAAGGGGACACAAGUCAAACGCCUACACAUGGCAGUGCAGCAAUCGGGACCAAGUCAGCCAUACGAAGAACCAAUAACCAGGGAAAAGGUCAAGUACAACCCACAUUUCACUGAACAUGAAGUAACACAAUUAAUUAAUUUGUUAACCGAGUAUAGAAAAUGUUUUGCGUUCAAUAUGUUUGAAGUAGGGUGCACAAAAGCAAUUACCAUGGAUAUUGUUGAUAACAACGUACCUGUCAACAGUAAACCUUACCGUGCCAGCGCUCAGGAAAGGGACACCAUUGAUCGAAUUGUGCGAGAGUGGAAGGCAGCAGGGAUAGUCAGAGAAAGCGAAUCACCGUAUGCGUCUCCAGUAUUACUCGUAACAAAGAAAAGUGGUGAACCUCGUUUAGUCGUGGACUAUAGGAAACUAAACUCCCAAACAGUGAGGAAAGUCUAUCCGACGCCAAACAUGGAUGACCAUUUGGAAGUUUUAACAGGGGCUAAAAUGUUCUGCACUCUUGACCUAGCAUCAGGUUACCUACAAGUACCAUUGACCGAGGAAGCCAAAGCUAAAACAAGUUUCAUAACACCAACCGAAAAGGGUGAGUGUGAAAGAAUGGUUUUCGGGUUAAUUAACGCCCCAUACGAAUUUUCACGUUUAAUGGAAAAAGUUAUGCAGCAUCUAGAACGUGAUGUAGCAAUGUGGUAUUUAGAUGACAUAUUAAUACCAGCAAGAAGUUUCGAAGAGAUGAUGAUCAGAUUAAGGAAAGUAUUGGAUGCGUUAAGUUCCGCAAGUUUAACUCUAAAACUUGAAAAAUGUCACUUUGGAUAUGAGGAGGUAACAUAUUUGGGUUUCAGAUUAUCAACGCAUGGAAUCAAACCAGGAGAAGACAAAGCAGCAGCCAUACUGAAAAUAGAACACCCAACCAAUCGACAUGAAGUGAGACGAUUCUUGGGUUUGACCGGAUUCUUCAGAAGAUUUGUGCCACAGUAUGCGCAAAUAGCCAAACCACUGACCGAGCUGACUAAAAAUUCAGUACCAUUCGAAUGGGGACAUUCGCAACAGGAAGCAUUUGACACACUAAAGGUAAAACUUACCAGUAAUCCAGUCUUACAAUUAUUUAACCCAAAUGCUUGUACGGAAUUACAUUGUGAUGCCAGUCAACAAGGGUUGAGUGGACUACUACUACAGCGAAGGAACGAAGACAAGUUACUACAUUUAGUCUAUGCUGUGUCUAAGAAAACCACCACAGCAGAAAGAAACUAUCAUGCGGGAAAACUAGAACUCAUGGCAAUAGUUUGGAGCGUCACCCGUUUAAGACAUCUACUGAUAGGAAUGCAGUUCAUCAUAGUGACAGAUUGUCAGGCUAUAGUGCAUCUCAACACUAAGAAAACAGUAAAUCCACAAGUAGCUCGAUGGGCAAACUUGCUAAGUGAAUACAACUAUGAGAUACGUCACAGACCAGGGAUUAAGAUGGCCCACGCAGAUGCUUUGUCUAGAGCUCCCGUGAAUACAUCAACAGACACUGAAGUAGAACUUGAAGAGCUAGAGAUCAUGAUAACAAUGACUGCAGAGGAACACAUAAUAACAAUGCAAAGAAGUGAUGAAAACAUAUGUUCACUAAUCAAAAUAAUGACAAAAUCAACUGAAGAUUGA